ACGGUUCUAUGGGCUGCCAUUGACUUCAAUGGCGGAAGAGGAAUAAUAAUAAUAAUAAUAAUAAUAAUAAUAAUAAUAAGAAGAAGAAGAAGAAGAAGAAGAAGAAGAAGAAAACUAACGAUAACAAUAGGUGUCUACGCCCCGAAGGGCAGCGUGCUGUGGUGAGAGGGGUAAAUAAAUAUGGCGGAUUCUACCAUUCAGUAUAACGGGUUUAAUCAACUUGCUAUCAAAACCAGAAUAUAUCGGCUACGAAGAGACGACAGAGACGAUUGAGACGUUGUUUCAAUGCGUUUUUUUAUUAUGAAACGUUCGUGAGCAUCCUGACAUAGACCUUAAUCUCUGUGCCAUUUGGCUACAAAUGCAUUUCUCCGCUUCACUAUUGCGCCGUUUUGACUGUAAAAAAAAGGCAGGCUUGUAGCAAACUAGAAUAAAUUUUAACGAAGAAAACUGCGUAAGAAGAAUAUGGGAUACAAGGUUCCAGGUGCUGCAAUGGAUCGUGUUAGUCUGCUUUGGAGGUUGAGGCGUCGAGCCCGUCGAGGGGUAUUGUGCAUGGGUCUUUUUUGCAUGACUAUGGCUGUACUGUAUACUCUUUGUGCUGAAAAUAGCGUACCCGUCACUGAUGCUAUAUUUGGGGUGAGGGCAAGGACUCGGGCACAGCCAAGGGCACACACCAUUGCAAAGGUGCUUCGUGGAGCAGGGGGAUCAAAACCGAUGUAUGUGGACCCUCAAAAACUCCCAGGUGUAAUUCCCGGAAAUCCUCAAAAACCUAUUCCGGUUCUCUCAUCCUUAAACUAUUCACUGGAGGCAAGUCAAAAGGAGCAGCACUCAGGGAGCAAAGGAAGGGAACAACAAAACGGGCUUCUCGCCAGGCUAUUGGGCAGACCAUUGAGGCGUGCAAUUGAGACUAUUCUAGGUGGCAGCAAGAAUGUUGAUGAUUUCUUUGUCACUAAGGGAGUUAUAUGGAAUGAUGAGAUGUCCAGUACUAUGCUAGGCAAAAGACUGAGGAAGGUGGUGCAGAACUAUCAGGCGAUGAAUAAAUAUGGUGUGACUUUCCCCAUCCCAGAAGGUGGAAAAAUACGAAAAAAACUAAGUGGCCCACAGCUUCUGUGCCAACUGAAAGAGAUGGUGAAAGUCAUGACAUUAACUCCAGAGAUGGAGCCAUUUGCUAAAUUUCCCUGGGCUUCACUGCUGCCUGCACAACCCCUGACAUCUUCACUUGGCCCAUUUAAAACAUGUGCUGUUGUUUCAUCUGCAGGAUCUCUGCUAAACUCAAGACUAGGGAAAGAAAUUGAUUCCCAUGACGCAGUCAUACGAUUCAAUGCUGCACCCACUGUGGGUUUUGAGAAAGAUGUGGGCUCUAAAACUACAGUGCGCCUGAUCAAUUCUCAGCUGAUGGCAUCAGAAGAGCACCACUUCCUGUCCAGUUCUUUGUACAGCAGUGGAAUUUUAGUGGCCUGGGAUCCUGGCCCUUUCUCCUCUGACCUAAGUGAGUGGUAUAACAAGACGGAUUACCCAAUAUUUAAACAAUAUCAACAGUACAGACGUCUGCACCCUCAACAGCAGUUUUAUAUCCUACAUCCCAGCAUGGGAUGGCAGCUAUGGAGGCGGAUACAAGACAACAUGGCUGAGCCUAUUCAGAAGAACCCACCUUCAUCUGGCUUGCUAGGAACAGUACUGAUGAUGUCACUAUGCGAUGUGGUCCAUGUCUAUGAGUACCUGCCAUCAUGGCGCAGAACCGAGCUCUGCCACUACUAUCAGAACUUCAAAGAUGCAGCCUGCACCAUGGGUGCCUUCCACCCUCUGCUCUAUGAGAAGAACCUGGUGAAGAGGAUGAACAAGGGUUCAGACCAAGACAUCUAUAAUUAUGGCAGGGUGAAACUGCCUGGAUUUAACACUUUUGACUGUACAUAGACUUCCAACUACUCAACUUCUAAAUGAAAGACUGUAUUUAUUCAAUUUAGCAUUCAGGAAUGUAACUGUAUUAUUUAUUGCAUGACUCAUUGUAUGACUACUGCAGCUUAUUUAGAAAAAUGAAGCUGAUAUGUAGGAAAUGGUCUCCUUCCUUAUAAGCUUUACAUACUUUUAUAAGCUACUUGUUAAUGAGAUGCUUGAACGGAUAAAGAGCACCUAUUUUUCAUCACCAAUCCAGCGAAGGAUAAUUUUGGAUGCCACACCUAUCAGAUGAUUACCAGGUAUUCUGUUUUUAUCUGAAUAGUUAGGACACAGUUGACAGUUUAUUAGUUAAAUUUAUCAAGUAAGGGAGGUAUGCUUUGUGCCUAUAUCACUGACCGUAGUUCAUUUGUUGCUAUGCAUAAUUUGUCAGCCCAAUCUAUUAAUGAAAGGAGGCCACCAUUGGACCAGCAAUGAUAUUUGGGUGGUUGUCCAUUUUUUUUAGGUCAGAGUGCUUUUGGCAUGUGUAUUUUUCUUCUUCAUCUUCUUCUUUUUCUUCUUCUUCUUCUUUUUCUUCUUCUUCUUUGAAACAACAAAAUCACCCUUUAAAGUGGUCCUACAGUUAUGCCUUUCCUGUAGUAAGGCAAUAUAUGGUGGGUUUACCCGAAAACAUUGCCAAAAUGAGGAAUAGAAUAUGAACAUGAGGUAAUUAGAUUCAUUAUAAAAAAUGAUCAUGAAGUAGAAGCAAGUCAGCACACGUACAAUUAUUUUACCUACUCCUUCGUUAAGUAUGUUUUAUGUCUUUGGUGCAGGGAUCCGAGGGGAAUUAUGUCGGUCAAAAAGGUAAUAAUACUAUAAUAAUACUAUAGUAAUUAUGCCCACGAAACUCCAAAAAAUGGCUAAACAAUUUGGAUAUGCAGUACUAUGCAUAAAAACCCCUCUUGUUUUUAAUCAAAUGGCCUUUUAUCACUUAAUUUUUAAUAAAUUGGUAGUGAACAAUAAUGAUGAGAAAAUACACAGUAUAUCGAUUUACAGUUAAUUUUCACUCAAACACCCUGGCCAAAAGUUUGCAGAUGCCUGACCAUCAUAUGUAGUUCUUCUUCAAACUACUGCUGCAAAUAUUUGAGUGUACAUGAAGUGUAAUGAAGUUUCCCUUCAUUUGACCUACAAAGUGAUUAGUAAAGGUCGAAGUGGAAGAACUCCAUCCUGCUGAACACCACUGGGAUGAAAUUAAUUCCUGGCUUUGCCUCAGAACUUCUCACGCAACAUCAGUGUCUGACCUCAGUAAAACUCCUCUGGCUGAAUGGACUCAAAUCUCCACAGCCACGCACCAAAAGUUAGUGGAAACCUUUCCAGAAGAGACGAGUAAAUAAUCUUGAACAUCCCAUUCAACAAGCAGAUAUGGGUAUAAUGGUUACGUGUCCAAAAAACAUUUUUCCUUAUAGUACAUUUAUUUUUCUGGUACCUGUGACCAGUGACAAUAAAGGCUACUACUACUACUACUUAUGUAGGUCGAUAUUCAAGUUUGCUAUUAAAAAUAAAAUGUUGAUCUGUGGGUUUUUCUGCUAAAUACUUUUCCACAUUAUUAUUAUUGUUCAAUAUUGUUAUUAUUAAGCAAAUGGCAGCAUUAUUGUUUGCCAUCAAAUAAUUACAAAGAACUUAAAUGCCAUUUUAUUGAAAACAAAAGUUUGCCAUUUGACACAAAUUACCUUUGCACCGGACUGUAUAUAUCAAUCUAGCAUGUAAUUUGACUGUAAAUAAUUAAUCUCCAGUGGAGGAACCUUUCAUAAUUAGAGAUCACUUAUGUAUAAAAAUCCUGUCAGUAUAAAUGGAGCACCUAUUAACAGUAAUUUGUUAAUAUGCAUACAAUCUUUGACGAUGUCUCUUUUAAGGCCCAAGUUGAGGCAAGUAUUUAAUGUAUAUAUGCAUUUGUUUAUUGCACUGUGAGGCUUUAUACCAACAGAAAUACUGUUCAACUUCAUUCUUUACAGAAUGUUACUGCAUGUAUAGCUUAAAUUGCACUGCACUCUAGCUUUGACAAACAUCUGUUUCAUUCUUUGUGUUAUUAUUUAAAAACAAAAUCUAUAUAUAUGUUUGCUGGAAGUGCAUGAAAUUCUGGUUUUGUUGCCGCAAAGAGUGUGUUGUUAAUAAGCCUGAUUUCUGCAUACUGAUCAACCUACACCAGAUGUGUCCGAGGAAUCUAAGGUGAAAAUUACGCUGAAAGAUCAAUAUAAAAGACCGCUAUGCACAUUUCAUUCCCAUGUAAGACUAUGGCAACAGUAUGUUUAUGUAUAUUAAGUACAUUUCCUCAUAUUUUUUAGAAUUAGAACCAUUAGAGUUUUCUUUCUCUGUAUAAUGCUUUCUCGUUAUAAGUUAUAUAAAUUUUCACUCAGCAGACACAGUAGACAUUCUGAUACCAAAGUGUGGACACAGUGUAGAGAGAAAAUAUCAGCAUGCAAACCAGAAAUAAAACUGCAACUGGGUUUUA